AUGGGGUGCACAGCUUCUAAGCUUGAUAACGAGGAAACGGUACGGCGGUGCAAGGAGCGCCGCCGCUUCAUGAAGGACGCAGUUUACGCUCGCCACUACCUAGCGGCAGCGCAUUCUGAAUACUGUAACUCACUUCGCCUCACCGGUUCCGCACUCUGUACAUUCGCCGCCGGUGAACCUCUUGCCGUCUCCGAUGAUAUCCCUGCCGUUUUUGUCAACGCACCUAAGCAGAACAUGUAUCAUCCUCCACCUCCACCAAUGCCUCCUCCUCCUGCAGUGACUGUAACAACCUCCAAACUCCCUAAUGUUUCUGAAAGUCGUCACCGCAAACUGCCGCGGAAGCUUCCACACAUUCUCUCUGAGUCUAGCGUUUGUUCCACGCCUAGAAGCGAGUUUCCAAACUGGUUCUUUCCAACAGCGCAUCAAACUCUUUCCACAGCUUCGGAAACUUCAUCUGUUUGGAAUUGGGAGAAUUUUCAUCCACCUCCAUCUCCACCAAGUUCGGAAUACUUCCGGCAACGUUCUCAACCGCCGAACCACAAUCCAGAAUGUUCAAAUUUCGAAGUUCCGGGAUUCGAUUCAUCAUCAGAAUCCUUUCACAACACAUUCCACUCGAAAGUUCAUCUUCAGAAUCUUGAAAUUAAAACUACAAAUGCUGAUCCUCAAAAUCAACAGCAACGGAACCUUUCAGAUGCAGAAGAUACCGCGAGCGAGAGAUCCGAACCAGAACCAGAUCGUUCAGAAACGGAACGUGAGGAGGUUCGGUGCAGUGAUUGGGAGGGCUGUUACGGCUCAACAAGUUCAUCGGAUAGAGAGGAAGUAAUCGCCGGAUUGAGAUCAUCAGUGAAACCGGAGUCAGUUGCCGACGGCGAUGUCCCGGCCAGAGAAGACAAGAAGAGCGGCGAGGAAGUUAUUGAGGAAAAGGUUAUGAUGAAGCAUAAGGAUUUAAAAGAGAUUGUAGAUGUGAUAAAAGAGAACUUUGAGAAAGCGGCGGUUGCCGGAGAUAAGUUAUCGGCGAUGCUACAGAUUAGCAGGGCACAACUCGAUCGGAGUUUCAGUCAAUUGAAAAGAAUAGUGUAUCACUCGAGUAAUUUACUGAGCAGAGUAAACUCGAGUUGGACUUCAAAACCGCCAUUGGCAGUUAAGUACCGGUUCGAUGCCGGUUCGCUGGAAAGACCGGGCGGUCCGAAGAGUCUCUGCUCCACUUUGGACCGUCUUUUGGCUUGGGAAAACAAACUCUGUGAAGAAGUGAAGGGCAGAGAAAGUGUUAAGAUUGAACAUGAAAGGAAACUGUCAGCUCUGCAGAAUCAAGAAUGCAAAGGAGGUAACGAUGAAACAAAGGUAGACAGAACCAAGGCUACCAUUACAAGGUUACAGUCCCUAAUUAUUGUAACAUCUCAAGGUGUGUCUACUACCUCAGCUGCCAUUAAUGAUCUUAGAGACUCUGAUCUUGUUCCUCAGCUUGUUGAACUUUGUCACGGAAUCAUUUACAUGUGGAGAUCAAUGCACCAGUACCAUGAAACUCAAAGCAACAUUGUACAGCAAGUCCGCGGCCUUGUGAACCGAUCUUCAAAAGGUCACUCAACAUCUGAAUCACACAAACAGGCAACUAGAGAUCUCGAAUUAGCUUUGUCAGCUUGGCACUCAAGUUUUAUCCGAAUCAUAAAAUUUCAAAGAGACUUUAUUCUAUCUAUACAUGGAUGGUUUAAGCUGAACCUUAUUCCAGUCACAAAUGACAACAACAACAUCAAAAGCAUUGAACCAUCUGUUGCAUUUUCCUUUUGUGAUGAAUGGAAACUAGCCCUCGACCGUGUUCCAGACACGGUUGCUUCAGAAGCAAUCAAAAGCUUCAUCAAUGUUGUCCAUGUGAUAUCUGUUAAGCAAUCUCAAGAGCUCAAGAUUAAAAAGAAAACCGACACUGCUUACAAGGAGCUUGAGAAAAAAUCUUCAUCUUUAAGAAACAUAGAAAAGAAGUUUUACAAUUCAUAUUCUAUGGUUGGUAUUGGAAUAAUUCCAAACUCUGUAGAUCAUAUUGGACAAGGCUUGGAUGCAAGAGACCCUCUUGCUGAGAAAAAAUUGGAACUUGAAGCUUGUCAAAGACGCGUCGAAGAUGAAAAAAUGAAACAUUCAAAAGCUGUUGAGGUUACUAGAGCCAUGACACUUAACAAUUUACAGACAGGUUUACCUGGGGUGUUUCAGGCAUUGACAAGUUUUUCUUCUUUAUUCAUUGAGGCUCUUGAGUCAGUUUGUGACCGUUCAUAUGCCAUCAAGUAG